AAGAAAGGUCAACGGUCCCUCUAGUAACUGGUGCGGAGAUGGGAGUGAGGUUUGGGAACUGCUUUGAGCAGCAGAAACCUCAGGUACGGUCUCAACCUCAGGUUUGGACUCUCCCCUCUUCUCCUUUCUCUCUUUUCUCUCUCUAUAGUAUGGAUAGCCGUUAACAAUCUCAAUCUGAAUCUCCCUCUCCACUCUCUCUCAUUCAUUCUCUCCGAUCCUACCAUGCUCCCUCUCUCUCUCUUUCUCUCACUCAAACCCUCUUACAGUGACGUAUCGAAGCAGCAUCAACCCAUCGACUUUGGCUGAAUUCAAUUCACUACCUCUUCAACACUGCAAAUCAAAAUAAAUAUAAAAUAAAAAUGGGUGCUAGGGUUCCGGUGCAGCACUACAAUCUCAACUCUCCCUCUUCCUUCAUCGAGAGCCCUCUUCACGUUCUCAAUGCCGUCGACGCCAGAACUGCAGCCUCCGCCAUCGAUGACAUCGCCGCUGAUGUCCACCGCGCCGACGACAGUCACAACGACGAUUCCGCCUCUGCCCCCGUCGAUUGCAUGAACGAAUCCCAUAGGAGCUGUUUGCCACUUCACAGUGUGGAGGUUGACGAGGAUCGCACUAGUCUCGAGACUAACGAGUCUUCCAGGGGCUCUUAUGAUAUCUUGACUGUUGAGGAUGUUUCGCCUAUUGAAUCUGCCAGGGCGAAGUUUUUGCAAAUUGUUGUGGAUCAUUUUAUUGAGGACCGUGUGAUCGAGGUGCCUGAUUCUGACGCUGAUUACACUGGCCAAGACAAAAUGAGUAAGAGGAGAACGAGAGAGAUCCAGUAUGAAGGAGACCCAAAUUUUGCCCUGCCUUUGAUGUACGUGGCAAAUAUGUAUGAAAGUUUGGUUAAUGAUGUGAAUAUUAGGCUUGCUUCCUUGAAUGGAAUUCGCGAGAAGACAAUUGGGGUAGCCCUUGAAGCUGCUGGUGGUUUGUAUAGAAGAUUGGCUAAGAAAUUUCCUAAAAAAGGACCAUGUACAUUUAAGAGAAGAGAACUGGCGACUUCUAUGGAAACAAGGACAAGGUUCCCAGAAUUAGUUAUACAAGAAGAGAAGCGUGUUCGCUUUGUGGUGGUUAAUGGAUUAAAAAUUGUUGAAAAACCAAAUAACAUUCCAAUUGAUGAUGCUGAGUGGUUUAAGAAAUUAACAGGUCGGAGUGAAGUAGCUAUCUCAGCUGAUUAUUAUAAAUUUUACUCUCCAAGGCACAAGUAUAGGCGUGGUGCAUCAAUUUCACUUUCAAAUAUCCCAGAGAUCCCUAGUUAUCAUGGAGCAGACAGUUCUAGUACAUUGGCUACUACUCAAGGAUUUCGCUCACCACAAAAUCAGCAGCAAACCCCAUGCAAACACCACUUGCAAUCACUGCCACAUCAACCUCAGUUUCACCCAGUUCUCCAAAACAAUCAAACUAUACACCAAAGUCAGCAUGCAGGGCCAUAUUCUCAUAACCAUCAAAAUGGUCCUCCCUCACACCUAUCUGAAAUUUCUCAUGCUCACCAGCCAACAUCAAUAUCUCAACACAUGACUUGCUUACAACCACUCACAGGUGGUCAUGUUGGUGGACGUUUGCACAUGCUGCCACCAACUCCUGCAAAGUUUUGUGACGAAUGUGGGGCUCCGUAUUUGAGGGAAACAUCUAAGUUCUGCUCCGAGUGUGGUUCAAAGAGGUUAGGAACAUGACAGGUUUGGAUUAGUUUUACUAAUCCGUUCCCAUUUAGCAUUUGCCCUCGUCAUUUUUUUAUCACAGAUGUACUCAGGUUUUGGAUAUUAUUAGUUUUCGUGAUAUUUUCACAUUGUAUUUAGCCUAAUAAAUAGAAAAGUGUAGUUUUCACUUGAUAGGUCUGGUCUGGUAAAUAGUUGUAGAUAAGAUAUAUAGAAUUUGCUCGUGUGAGCUUUGUGAAUCUGAAAGCAGAACUUCAAGAAGUCCUGAAAUUUGAGAAACUUGCUUGUUUUGGCUUCUUGCUGUUUCGCUAGUAGUAUGCUCAAACUGACUAUAUUUUUACUAAUUAACGACU